CGCUCAGGGUGACAGAGAACGUCAAGGCACAGUAGGAGAAGGAAGGUUAACUCUAUGGGCAGCGCGACACCUUUAAUCAUGAAGUGUCCUGAAGUGAGUAGUUCCUCGGGCACGACAAGCAGGAGCGACCUUCAGCUUUAUCAAGAGGCCCUGUCAUGUAUGGACCUCAUUGCUUCGAAGCUGGAGAAGGACGUGGACCUCCCCAUGAUCGACCAACUCUACGAGAGAUGCAACAAUGCCAUAGAGGAGCUCCGGACCUCUCAGCCGAAUCCACACAUAUCGGCUUCUCUUGAGAAUUUGUUAGAAACACUAAGCUUCCAACAGUCAUUACUGGAUUCGCGACGCAGGGCUAAUGGAACAGAUCGGAGGAGAACGGUUAGUGAAGGCUGCUUAAGCUACAAAGGCUCGUGCAAAGCCGGGAGCUGCAGCAGGCGCAGGAACUCAGAGCGUUUUGAGAGGGAAGCCGACCGUUUCUUGGAGGUUGAAGACAUGUUGAUGCCGCUGAGUACUGAGGGAGGUUCUUUGGAAGACAUUGCUGGCCUGCAUGAGGUCAAGCAGAUCCUACGGGAGGCGGUUGUGAUGCCUAUGCAGUAUCCCCAACUGUUUCAAGAUGGUGCUAAGCCAUGGACACGUCUCCUGCUCUAUGGUCCUCCAGGAACAGGGAAGACUGUCUUGGCUCGAGCACUGGCUUCUGAGCUACAAUGUCCUUUCUACUGUGUUUCGUCUGCCAAUCUACUCUCCUCGUGGGUCGGGGAGUCAGAAAAGCUUAUAAGAGAAUUAUUCCAUCAAGCACAAAGUCACUCUGGCCAGUGUGUCAUUUUUAUUGAUGAAAUUGACAGUUUGUGCAGGAUUCGCUCACAGAUGGAAGAUGAACAUUCGCGCAGGGUGAAGACAGAGUUACUGCAGCAGAUGGAAGACAUAAAGAGGAAUGGGAGGUCGUCUGUUUUUGUGAUGGGAGCCACCAACUGCCCUUGGGACCUCGACCCAGCUUUCCUCAGGCGGUUCCAGAGGAGGGUCUAUGUUCCUCUCCCCGACAGGGAGAGUCGCCGAGCAAUAAUUUCUAGCCAGUUCAAGACGGCACCCCUAGAUCUUACUGAUCCAGAGUGGACGAAUCUCCUGGACACCACGGAAGGUUUCUCGGGUGCUGAUCUCACACACCUUGCAAUGGCCGCUGCCUUCUUCCCCAUCAGGGAACUGCAGACGUCUCGCUUCUGGAGGUUUACUCAUGAUAAUAAAAUCACCCCCUGUUCAAGUGACACCCUCGGCUCCAUGCAGUAUCCAUUGAGUAAGCUCCCGGCAGACAAGGUUAUAGCUCGUCAAGUAGAGCUGAAGGAUUUCAUCUCAGCCUUGCAGACAACGCCACGCACAGUCUCGCCCAAGGUUGUUCAACAGCACAACGAGUUCUCCAUGGCAUCCAGCCAUAGUUAGGGCUCUGAAGCUUUCCUGAUGUUGCUCCUUUUCUUUCUUCCAAGAGAUUUCUCUAUAGUAUAUUGGAAGUUUAUGAAUUUUCUAUUAAGAAGAAAAUAAAGAAUUACUUCAUGUGAUUACUAGUCAGAAUAGAAAAUACAGCCAAUUAUUUUGAAAAUGUUAAUUUUCAGUAGGUAUAUGUAUAUAUACUGUUAUUGAAUUUAUUUCUUCCUUGUAAAGGAAGCAUUAUUAUGAAAGCUGUCAAGCUUGCUCAUAUAUUUUGUAAAUAUAUUUUUCUUUAAAAAGAGAACAUUUUCCAUUAUAUAGGAAGAUGAUAUUAUUAUGUGUGAUAUAGUUUAAGGGAGAUGGAUAUCGAGAAAUUAUUUUUACCCACAUCCAGUUUGAGACGUGCUGAACUGAAUAAAAUGAGUCUUAGUUCUUGCACUAAACUUGUGAGGUGGUUCACUUUGAUUUGUAUGGUUGUCAAGCCUUUAGAAACAUUUCAGAUAAGAUAUAUAUAUAUAUUUUUUGUAUUUUCCACUUUAUUAUGUUGUCUACUUUUCUUUGUUACUAGAACUUUGAUUGAAUUAUCUUCAUUCUCAUGUUUUCUUUUCUUCUGUUACACAUUUAAUAAUUAAAGUGAUGACUCAUUUUGCUUGAUUAUUUUCUGCUCUUGAAACUCACCUGAAUUUAAAUACUUUUGCGUGGGUGUAAAACAUAUGCAGAUGAACAUGCAUAAGUACAUGCAUGCACAUGCACACUCGCAUGCACACUCACAGACACAGACAUACAGACACUGACAUACAGACACUGACAUACAGACACUGACAUACAGACACUGACAUACAGACACUGACAUACAGACACUGACAUACAGAGACACACACACACACACACACACACACACACACACACACACACACACACACACACACACACACACACACACACACACACACACACACACACACACUCACACUCACACUCACACUCACACUCACACACUCAGAACAUGCACUCAAAAAUAUAGGUUAAUCACAGUGAUAAGCAUAAGUAUAUUAUUUUGUAAUAGUGGAAUGAAUUAAGAAAAAUAAUUCUCAAUUUCCUUUCUUUGUAUAAGUUAUGUAAUGUGUAUGGAGAAGUUCUUUUAAUGGAACAGUUCUUAUUGUUAUUAAUUGUCACUGCUAUGUUAGUUAAUAUUGUGUUUCAAUGUUUAUUUUUUUUAUUAAUUUGUACAAUAAGAUGUUUACUUCUGUUUGCUGAUUCAUGUGAAGACAUUUAUUGAAAACAAUAUGUAGAGUGAAGCAUAUUUAGUUGAUCUUAGUGUAAAAUCAAUUACUUUUGUUUUAUAUUUUGCAAAAGUGAGAAACUAACUUUGAUUACAUUUAUUACAUUUAUCUGUGUAUUGUCAGCAGUCCUUGAUUGGAAACUAUGAUUUAGGAUUGUCAUGGAUUUGGCAUCUUACAUUUUUUAUACCCAAAAAUAUAUACCAGACUCAAACAAAACAAUGAUACUGCUGUUGAAAUGACUACAGAAUCACAGAGGCUUUUUUUUUACUAUGAAUUCUUUUACAUUUGGUUUUAUGAAUGCAAUAAUGUGGAAAUAUAUCUGAAGAUUCUUAGAUUUGAUGUGAAGGAUUAAGGUACCAUUGUUUUCGUUUUACAUAAAAUGUUGGAAAACUAUUUUAGAGUCAAAGUCUGAACUAAAAUUCAUUUCAUUUUUUCUAAUUAUAGCAAUUUUAACUUACAAUCACAGAAGAAAGUUUAGGUUAACUGUCCCAAUAGCAAAGAUUUAGGCAGUGUAUUAGCUCAGAGGAUCAAACCCGUUUCUUCUUGGUAAUGUUGACUAAUAAUCUCUAAAUGUCCAUGUCAGAAUGGGACAUACAUCUUAUUUCACUCAAGCUUGAUACUAGAUAAAUACGGUUAAUCUUUUUAAUUACUUCAGGAUUUAAACAUUUACUGGUUGAUUUCUGUGUAGACUGUGUUUCAUUUGAUUUUUCUUGUUUGUUUGUCAAUGAUCUGUUACAGGAAAACUAGGGUCUGUGCCACAUUGUCUAAGGGAAAUGAUUAAUUAAUAUCUGCAUAUUUUUGUGACAUUUUUAAUUGGUAUAGGUAAGAAAACAAACAUUUACUAUAUUAGAUUUUUAGUUCAUUGUUGAAGAGUAUUUCAAGAGAAUAUUUUUGUUUACCUAGUAAAAUGAAUUAUCUAACUGA